CUGGCGCGCCAUCGUGUACCACUUGUCACACCCAAAACCGCUAGUUACCGAUUCUCACCGAACCGUAACACCCUUACAGCUCAACCAUGUCUUCUGAAGGAUUAGGCGAGACUUUGGUGAUCCGUUUCGGCCUUAUAAACGCUAAUAACAAAUACCUCACAGCAGAAACAUUCGGUUUUAAAAUCAACGCCUCUGCGACCUCCAUGAAGAAAAAGCAAGUGUGGACCCUGGAGCAGUCUGGAGAUCCAGGAGACUCUAACGCCGUGUUCAUCAAAAGCCACCUGGGAAGAUACCUCGCCACCGACAAGGAUGGCAACGUGACCGCAGACAGAGAGCAACCCGACCUGGAUUGUCGGUUCCUAGUGAUCGCUCACGAUGACGGCCGGUGGUCCUUGCAGUCCGAGCCCCACGCGCGCUACCUGGGCGGCACCGAGGACCGGAUCGUGUGCUUUGCGCAAAGCAUCUCUCCUGCGGAGAAAUGGAACGUGCAUCUGGCGGUCCAUCCUCAGGUGAACGUGUACAGCAUCGCGCGAAAGCGGUACGCGCACCUGUGCCCUAAGAGGAACGAGCUCGCGGUGGACCGGGACGUGCCAUGGGGUGUUGAUUCGCUGCUCACGCUCGUGUACCUGGAUCACCGCUACCAUCUGCAGACCGCUGACAACCGCUUCCUCACGUGCAGCGGUGCCCUGGUAGCCAAACCUGACACCAGCACCGGCUUUACGCUGGAAUUUCGGGCGAGUAAGGUCGCUUUUCGGGAUGCCACUGGCAAGUACAUCGCUCCCACGGGUCCAACCGGGACCUUGAAAUCCGGCAAGAGCGCGCGAGUCGGCAAAGAUGAGCUUUUUGUCCUCGAGCAAAGUCGCGGGCAAGUGGCGCUCACUGCAAGCAACGAAAGAAACGUUUCUACGCGCCAGGGAGUGGAUUUAUCAGCCAAUCAGGAUGAGGAGUCAGAUCAGGAGGUGUUUCAGAUGGAGAUGGAUAGAGAGACAAAGCGUUGUGCUUUUCGAUCGUGCAGUGGGAAGUACUGGAGCCUCACCCCAAAUGGAGCGGUCCAGUGUACUGCCUUAACCAAGUCACCCAGUUGUUUCUUUGACCUUGAGUGGAACGGGUCAAAAGUUGCAUUGAAGGCCAGUAAUGGUAAAUACCUGGCAGCUAAGAAGAACGGCCAACUGGCAGCUGCUGUGGACUCAGCAGGCGAGCAGGAAGAGUUUGUGUUGAAGCUAAUCAACAGGCCAUUGAUAGUGUUGCGUGGGGAACACGGCUUUAUAGGUUGCCGCAAACAAGGAACCGGGACUCUUGAUUCCAACCGCUCAUCCUAUGAUGUCUUCCAAUUAGAGUACAGCAAAAAUGCUUACAGCCUCAAAGAUGCAGUGGGAAAUUAUUGGACAGUGGAGGCAGAUGGGUCUGUGGUUAGCAGUAGUGGUGCGCCUGUCUUUUUCCACUUUGAGUUUUGCGAUUAUAAUAAAGUGGCCAUUAAGACAAAGGAGGGCAAGUAUCUAAAGGGAGACCAUGCUGGUGUGCUCAAAGCCAGUGGCCAGGGCAUUGCUGAAGCAACACUGUGGGAAUACUGAGAAACAGUGGCACCCACCUUAAUAAAUCUUCACACAUAAACACAUAAACAAUGUGUGUUCUUUAAACCUGUCCUUAAACAUAAGCAUAAAGCACAAGAUAAUAUCAUACACAUCACACAACAUAAAACAAUUCUAAAUAGUCUAAUGGCAAAAACAUAAUAGAGUGGAAAGAAUAGAAUAGAACUUUUUGCACGAUUAAUUACAAACAAACAAAUGCACAGAAACCUUAAAGGGGUAGUAGUUCACCCCAAAAUAAUAAUGUCAUUAUUUACUCACUUUAAUAUUUUUCCAAACCUAUAUGACUUUCUUUCUCCCUUGAUACACAAAAGAAGUUGUUAGGCAGAAAAGUCAUUAAGAAAGUCAUUAGGGUUUGGAACAACAUUGGGGUGAGGAAAUGAUGACAGACAUUUCAUUUAUGGGUGUAAUAUGCCAUUAAGUAAGAGAAGCACAAAUUGAUAUCAAGGGCAGACAGGAAUACAUUUUUAAUAACUGGAUUAUAAUUGGAAAAACUUGAUAUUCUACAAUGGAUAUGAUGUGCUUGGCUCAUUUGUCUGAAUGAUUAACAUUUCUAACAUAUUGAUAUAACAACGAGGUGAAAAGCUGACACAAAAUCAUUUAAAAAUAGCAACUAAACUAAGCAGUUGAAUUCAGAGGCAUGGGCUAAUGCAAAGUUUCUCUGUUCCCUAGUGACCUCAUUUCACUUAUCAUAACAGUGGUUUCUAGGAAAUUCAGUAUCUAAGUGUAGUAUUACAUAAUGGUCAAUAAUUUGCUUAUGCAAAAUGGGUAUAUAUACUUGUGUCAUUUGUUGAGCCUUUGGGCAUAAAGUUUGUUCGUGCCCAUGAUCCAAAAAGCAUUUUUAGAGUGAACUGACUUCUGUAAUGAGGCCAGGUUUUAAAUAGCACCAAUGUGGCUCACAAAAUGUUAGAAAUAUCCCUGUUCACUUUGGAGAGUCUCUAAUUUCCAAAGGAACAAAACUCACACACACGCACAUGAGUGAGUCAAAAGCAAAUCAAGCACAUAAUUUGGUUGUCAAAUUGUUAUAUGUGGUUUUUGUGGCUAUGGUUUCAUGAUUGUAUUCUGCCAAGAUUGCAUUGUUCCCACUACAGGAACAACAGUGUUUUUAAUGUAACAAGCUUAAUGUUGAUAUAAUGUUGAUUUGCACUUUUUCGGCUAAAGCUUUUCCAUGUGAAUGUGUUGAAGGAAAAAGAUGAUGUGUCUGUGCCUUGCUCAGUGGGAUGAGAUCUCCUAAGGUGUGAAAAUACUUUCUUUUUUAAAACGUCAUUUGUAUUUUAUUCUCUUUAUGUGCCAUUUGCAACUGUACUUCAAGAGCAAAUUAAUGAAAUAAAAGAGUUGCUGUAAAGUUAACAUAUAUUGU